AAGAGGCAAGACAAACUUCCUUUUCACUUUUCAUUGUCUUGCAACUGCCAAUUAAAUAGAUGCACUUUUUCGUUUCCUCUUACCACUCUCACUAAUCACUAUACUAAAGUUCUACAUACACAUUCAUAGUUUUUUCAGUGUAUCUAACACAAACUAAUAGAGAUAAUUGAAUAUCAAAGAUGAAACAUUUUGUUUUGUUUUUCCUUUUGGCCAUUUUGGUCCAUCAAGAGUACUAUUGUUUCAAUGUAGAAGCUUCUGGUGGUGAUGGUUUUGUAAGAACAAGAGGCAUCCACUUCAUGUUAAAUGGAAAUCCUUACUAUGCAAAUGGAUUUAAUGCUUAUUGGUUAAUGUAUACAGCUGCUGAUCCUUCCCAGAGAUUCAAAGUUUCAAAUGCUUUUCAUGAAGCAACUUCUCAUGGUCUUACUGUUGCUAGAACUUGGGCUUUCAGUGAUGGUGGUUAUAGUCCUUUACAAUAUUCUCCUGGCUUUUAUAAUGAACAAAUGUUUAAGGGGUUGGAUUUUGUUAUAGCUGAGGCUAGAAAGCAUGGGAUUAAGCUCAUACUAAGCUUGGUGAACAACUAUGAGAGUUUUGGAGGAAAGAAGCAAUAUGUGAAUUGGGCUAGAAGUAAUAAUGGACAGUAUUUGACAUCAGAUGAUGAUUUCUUUAGGAACCCUGUUGUUAAAGGUUUCUACAUCAACCAUGUUAAGACUGUUCUUAACAGGUACAACAGUUUUACUGGAAUUCAUUACAAAGAUGACUCAACAAUAAUGGCAUGGGAGCUUAUGAAUGAACCUAGGUGUACAUCAGAUCCUUCAGGAAGAACUAUUCAGGCUUGGAUUACGGAAAUGGCUUCUUUAGUAAAGUCAAUUGACAGGAAUCACUUGCUGGAAGCUGGACUUGAAGGGUUUUAUGGUCAAUCAACACCACAAAGGACACAAUUGAAUCCUGCUUUGAACAUAGGAACAGAUUUCAUUGCCAACAAUCGAAUCCCAGACAUUGAUUUUGCAACAGUUCAUUGUUACCCCGACCAAUGGGAACAAAAUUCAAAUGAGCAAGAUCAACUAGCAUUUUUGAAUAACUGGCUCAAUGCUCAUUUCCUAGAUGCACAAUAUGCUCUAAAGAAACCAAUACUUGUAGCAGAAUUCGGAAAAUCAUUCAAAGAUUCCGGUUACAGUACCUACCAGAGAGAUCAACUUUUCAAUACCGUGUACUACAAGAUAUAUGCGUCUGCGAAAAGAGGCGGUCCUGCGAGUGGAGCAAUGUUUUGGCAACUUCUUACCGAAGGAAUGGAAUCUUUCGACGAUGGAUAUGGAAUAACGCUUGGCCAGAGUUCUUCUACUGCUAAUGUCAUUGCUCAGCAAUCUCAUAAGUUAUACCUUAUUCGGAAGAUCUACGCGAGGAUUGCUAAUGAAAGAAGAUGGAAAAGAGCUAGAGGUAAUCGAAGGUCUUCGCGAUUUGGUGGAAAUAGAGGAGGACAAAUUGGGUUUUGAAAAUGGAAUUUGGAUUAGUAUUUACUUAUUGUUUGUGUUUUUAAAGUAAAGAGGUUUCGCUCUUUGAGAUGAAUCAGAAUGUUUAUUUCGUCCAAGAGGGUAACGUAACUAAAUUAUGUAUACAUGUUUUUAAUGUUAUGUAAUGCUUUCAGCUUCUCAUUUGUUUAUCAGAGAGCUGCUAGUGAUUUUUCAUUUGCAUGUACUUGUUUUUUGUUUGUCUAACAAUCACACUAAUAUUGUGAUAGUACUAUUAAUUUUUCAUGUUUUA